CUUGAAAAAGCUGAAUGCGCCACUAUCACUCUCUCACUCGUCUUUAAUUCAAACUUCGAACUUCAACACCUCUCUCUCUCUUUCUCUCUCUCUCUCUCUCUCUCUCUAGGUUGAUGGCUCUUCUGGGCACAGUUUUUACCUCCUAGUCUUUCAUGUUUCAAAAAAAGUUGUCACUUUUAACACCAAAACCCAACUUGUGGAGCUCAAAAAACCAUCCUUUACCAUUUUCUAGCAAAUAGGUUAUUUUCUGUAGUCCCCAAUAUUCAAAAGGAGAGGUCUUUCGUGGAGUUCUUCUUCCAUUUCAGAUGCUACUCAGAUCACAAAAGAGAGUGUUAGUGUUAGCUCAGCAACUGCCAUUGUUUUGCUGGAAUCUGCAAGAUAGUACCCGAAGAUGGAAACAUGUCGCAUGUUUAGCACAUCAUUUUUGCAGAUGUGUUCAUCUGUGCUUGUAGACUAUGCUGCCUCUUAUGCUUAGCAAGGGAUAUUUGAAUGUCAUUGCCCCAAACACAAGCCUUCGACUUACUAGUCCUUAUCUCUUUUCUCCAGCCAAUCUUCUAAGCGCAACAGAUGCUGCGAUCAAGGGGCUCUGAAAUGGUUCAAAGGCCGUCUCCUCGAGGCUCACAUCAACUCAGGACAUCAAGCUCUGAUUCAGAUCCACUCCAUCAUCGACCAAUAACUGACCGAAGUCCAAAGGUAGGAGUGGAUCGCCGUUCCCCAAGAGGUACACAAUCUGAUCCACUAAACCAAAAGAAAAUUGGAACCCGCCUUGCUGAUUUGGAAUCUCAGCUUGGGCAAGCACAAGAAGAGCUAAAGAUACUGAAAGAGCAGUUGGCUUCAGCCGAGGCUGCAAAGAAAGAAGCACAAGAGAAACUGGAAAAGAAAAUUAAGAAACGAGUUGUGACUUCUGAGCCAGCGAAGAUCCAUAAAACGCAUCCUACAUUGGAAUUUCAAGAUUCUAACAAAACGGACUGUUGUUCCUCUGAUGAAGUUCCAGUUGACAUCCAAAAGGAAACUGAUGUUUUUGAAGUCCCAGUAGAAAAAGUUACAGUUGAGCCGAAGGUUGAAUCUAGUGAGACUGAUCAGGUUGAAGAUGAAACCAAACAAGUUGAUAAAUCAGAUGAACCAACAUCGAUUUUGGAAGCAGAAAAACUUUCAGCCUUACGUGACCUAGCUUUGAAGAAUGAUGAGAUAAACAUGCUAAGAGCUGAGUUGGAAGAGAAGGCAAAGCAGUUAGAAGUGUCUGGUGAAGAAAGUCAGGGUGUAAAGAAUCAGCUAAACGAAGCGGCAUUAAAUAUUUUAGCUGCCCAAGAAAAGGAAAAGGAAAUGUCCUUGAAGUUAAGUCAGCUUGAAGAAGAGCUGGAAGUAAGUAAGGGAAAUGCAGGUCAGUUGAACGAGAAGCUGCAAGCAACGGAAAGAGCAAAGGAAGCACUGGAAGCGGAGAUGAAGAAGAUGAGAGUGCAGACAGAGCAGUGGAGAAAGGCAGCAGAUGCUGCUGCUGCUGUACUUGCCGGGGGUGUGGAGAUGAAUGGUAGAGUAAUUGAGCCAUCAACUGGUGGCUACACGGGCUUUGUGGGGUCACCAGCUGAUGACUUGGACGAUGGAUUCGGUAGUGGUAAAAGAAAGGGCUCCGGCAAAAAAAUGUUCGGUGACUUGUGGAAAAAGAAAGGCCAGAGAUAGGGUUCUUUUUUUUUUUGUAUCUCUCGCCCACACUUGUGUUUAACUUUGAAAAUCUGUUUUUCCGUUGAUGUUGAAAAUUUGUUUUUCCGUUGAUGUGUGAUAGUGGCAAAACAGUUUCUUACUGUUUCAGAUUCGGUAGGCAGUGCGUUUUGGAUACGCCGUCGUAGUAGGCAUUGUUUUCCUAGUAAUUUCAGAGUCUUGUAGAAUUGUUUAAACGAUCUCGACAUGUUUUAUUUCAGUUUAUGAGUAGGGCUUUAGUGACCUUCUCUAAUAAUAUUUUUGUGUUGCAACUUGCCUU